CCCAAUCUGAAGCCUCUGAGAAACAUCUAACAUAUUUAAAAUUUACCAAUAAAGAUGCUUCUAUUUUUGCUUCUGCUAAAGUAGAAAUAAGGAAGAAUAAUCCUAUAGAGACACAAACCAAGAAGCAAAAGGUAGAUAAAAAGAAGGAAGUAUUAAUAAAAGAAAUAGUAAGAGAUAAUUAG